GGCCGGAGAGUCCGCAGUCCGCACGCAGUCUGGGGUCAGCUGAGAACUGAGGAACACAACAAGUUGACGAGACGCUCAACUGAAGUCAGCUGCGAGCCCGCGACCAUCCGAAGAAGACACUCGCCGGCAGCCAGCCAUCUGAUCCACUCCACCCGCACACGCGCACGCUCGUCGUUCUGGUCAACAUGUCGGGCACCACAGUGGAGGGGUACAAGCUUGGCAAGCUCUUGAUUGAGGGCAAGACGAAGCAGGUUUAUGACCUUCCUGACUUCCCUGGACAUGCCUUGCUUCAGAGCAAGGACAGAAUCACUGCUGGUGAUGGUGUCAAGGCCCACAAUCUUGCUGGCAAGGCCGCUAUCUCCAAUCGCACUAAUGCCAAGGUUUUCGAAAUUUUGAACGCUGCAGGUUUAAAAACGGCAUUUGUCCGUUCCUGUGGAGAAACCGCAUUCAUUGCCCGCAAAUGCGAAAUGGUGCCCAUUGAGUGGGUUACACGCAGGCUUGCUACUGGUUCUUUCCUGAAGAGGCAUCCCGGUGUUGAGGAGGGAUACCGCUUCAAUCCCCCUUGCCAGGAAACCUUCUUCAAGGAUGAUGCCAACCACGAUCCCCAGUGGUCAGAGGCUCAAAUUGUUGCAGCCAAAUUCACCCUAAAUGGACUUGUGAUUGGUCAAGAUGAGGUCGACAUCAUGAGGCGUAUGACUCUGACUGUCUUUGAGGUCUUGGAGAAGGCUUGGGCAGCCAGAGGAUGUGCUCUCAUUGACAUGAAGAUCGAGUUCGGUGUUGAUACUCAAGGCGAAAUUGUGCUUUCGGACAUUAUUGACAGCGACUCUUGGCGUCUUUGGCCAUCUGGUGACAAGCGUUUGAUGAAGGACAAGCAGGUAUACCGCAACCUUUCCACUGUCACCCAAGCUGACUUGGACGUAGUUAAGCGCAACUUUGAAUGGGUGGCUGAACAAUUAGAACAUCUUGCUCCUGCUACAAACUCCAUGGUGGUUGUCCUCAUGGGUUCUCCUUCUGAUGAUGAACACUGCAAGAAAAUUGCCAAGUGCUGCAAAGACCUUGGGGUUCCUUGUCAGUUGCGUGUCUCCUCAGCUCACAAGGGCACUGAAGAAACACUUAAAAUUGUUGCUGAAUACGAAGGAAGUGGAGCCAAGGUAGUUUUUGUAGCUGUUGCUGGUCGCAGCAAUGGCUUGGGCCCAGUCUUAUCUGGCAACACCACCUACCCAGUCAUCAAUUGUCCUCCUGUUAAGUCUGACAAUGUGGCUCAGGACGUUUGGUCGUCCCUGAACGUGCCUUCUGGAUUGGGCUGCACCACUGUGGUUUACCCAGAGGCAGCAGCACUUGCUGCAGCUCAGAUUCAUGCCUUGCACGAUGUUGCCGUCUGGUCUCGUCUUCGUGUGAAGCAACUGAACAAUUUUGUUUCCCUGAAGAUGGCGGACAAGAAAAUGCGAGUCCUUACCCUUUAAAUGGCUAGCAGAAAAACUGUUUCUCUGUUAAUAUUCCAUCAUAUGCAUGUCCUGUAUUUUACGUCACAUAAAAUAUAUUUUUUUAAAUUUUAUACUGCCAUGAAAGAUGCCAUGUUAUUAAUAAUGAAGUAUCAAAAUAUUCUGAUUUUUAAAUAAAACAUACCAUUUAAUUUUUUUAAAA